UAUAAUGGUCAUUGUUUAAAAAUUAUUCAAGUGCGCUGUCUAUAUUAUGUUAUUAUUUUCUUUCGUGUACUAAUUAAAAAGAAAAUGUUAACGAUACUUAGUUUUACCAACUUUUGGGUUGACUUGAUCAUAUUCGUAACAGUAUUAUUCUCGAUUAUUUAUUAUUGUAUUUCGACAUUUAAUGUUUGGAAAAAACUUAAUGUGCCUUAUAUACGUCCAAUUCCUUUGUUUGGCAACUACUUGAACGUAGCACUGGGCAUAGAGCAUCCAAUAGAAACAUACAAGAAAAUUUAUUAUGAACUUGCUGGACACAAGUACGGAGGUAUGUUUCAGAUGCGAACUCCGUACUUAAUGAUCCGCGAUCCUGAAAUUAUCAACAACAUACUGAUAAAGGAUUUUUCGUAUUUUACCGACCGUGGCAUUUACGUGAAUUUUUCAAAUGAACCACUGUCAGAAAUACUGUUUUUAAUGGAAAACCCCCGAUGGAAAAUACUUAGAAGUAAAUUGAGUCCCGCGUUCACAUCUGGAAAACUUAAACAGAUGUAUAGUCAAAUCGAAGAGUGUGGCAAUGCGAUGGUAGAUAAUAUAUGUUCCGAGUUAAAGAAAAAUCCCAAUGAAAUUGAUGUACGAGAUAUUUUGGGACAAUAUUCAACUGAUGUUAUCGGCACUUGUUCUUUUGGGCUGAAACUGAAUGUAGCAAGCGAUGAUACUUCUUUGUUUCGUAGUUUUGGAAAAACGGCAUUCCAAUCAUCAUUAUUGUAUUUCUUGAGAGAAAUAUGUGUGAUGAUAUCACCAGCUAUUAUGAAAAUUAUAAGGCUUCCUUUUUUUCCUAAUAAAACAACUGAAUUUUUCGGAUCAGUAUUUAAAGAAACGAUGGCGUACAGAAAAAAAAAUAAUAUAGUGAGAACUGAUAUUGUUCAUUGUUUAAUCCAAGCACAUCAAGACUUGGUUGUUGAUAACAAUUCAUCUAAUGGUGUAGGUCUAACUGGAUCUCAAAUAUUAUCAAAUGCAUUUGGUUUUUUUGCUGCUGGAUUUGAAACUACAUCAACUACUCUUUCUUUUUGUUUAUAUGAACUUGCUCUGAAAAAAAACAUACAAGACCGAGUUCGUGAAGAGAUAAAAUUGACAAAAAUUAAAUAUAAUGGAGUAAUUGAUAAUGAGUUUUUGAAUGAUCUCAUUUAUCUAGAUAUGGUUAUAGCAGAAACAAUCAGAAAAUAUCCUGUACUUUUUGCUUUGUUCAGAGUAGCUACAAAAACCUAUCGUGUGCCAAACGAUUCAUUAAUAAUUGAGAAGGGGCAGAAAAUUAUAAUUCCAACCUUUUCAUUGCAUUUUGAUCCUAGAUAUUUUAGUGAUCCCGAAGUAUUCAAUCCUGAAAGAUUUUCUGCCGAAGAAAAUGCAAAGCGACCUAACGGCGUUUAUCUUCCAUUUGGCAAUGGACCCAGGAUUUGUAUCGGAAAACGAUUUGCUGAGAUGGAAAUGAAAUUAGCUUUAGUAGAUAUUUUAUCAAAAUUUGAAGUGGAACCGUGUGAAAAGACCGAGAUACCUAUACAAUUUAGUAAAUUAUCAUUGUUAGUGAUUCCGAAGGAUGAAAAAGUUUGGUUAAAACUAAAUCCAAUUUCUGAAUAAUAAUUUAGUACUUAAAAUAAAUAUAAAAUUUGAUAAAUGUAUAUAUUAAAGUAAUAUUUAAAUAUUAACGAGUGUGGUGUAAACAGUUGUAAGCUUAAUAAAAACAUUUUUGAAUAAUUAAAAUAAAUAUUAUUGGAGUAAAUAUAAUAAAUAAUAAUACAUUUUGUAUCAAAUACAUUUACCAUUUAUGCGACUGAGCUUAUCUAUUACAUGAAAUGUUAUUUAACUGCAAUUUAAUAAAUACUUACUAACUAUA